AGCUGGUCUCGCUUUCAUAACUGAAGUCUGUUGUGUUUUCCUCCUAUUCAUAUUCAGCUGUACUUUGUGACAAAACACAACAUUUUAAACCAGGUGUGUGCAGGGUGUUGUUGACAUGUGCGGGAGAACCGCCUGCACCCUCGCCCCCGACGAGCUGAGCCGAGCCUGCGUGUACACGGCCCGGGGAGGACGCAGGCUGCAGCCCCGCUGGAGGGACGGAGACGGAGACAAGUACCACGUCUCCUACAACAAGAGCCCACAGUCCCGCAGCCCGGUGCUGCUGUCACGCAGGCACUUCGACGAGAAUGCCCCUGUGGAUGAAUGCAUUUUGGCGUCCAUGCGUUGGGGUUUGAUACCGUCAUGGUUCAAGGAAAAUGACCCGAGCAAGAUGCAGUACAGCACCAACAACUGCCGCAGUGAGAAUAUACUGGAGAAGAAGUCAUACAAGACCCCCUUACUAAAGGGACAGCGCUGCGUUAUCCUGGCUGAUGGGUUUUAUGAGUGGCAGAAGACAGACAAGGGGAAGCAGCCGUUCUUCAUCUACUUCCCUCAGACUCAUCCUCCCAAGGAGAAGUCGGAGACGGUGUGCCCUCCAGAGGAUACAUCCCCUGCUUUGUCAGAGGAUGGAGAAGCACCAGCUGAGUGGACUGGAUGGAGGUUGCUGACAAUGGCCGGAGUGUUUGACUGCUGGACACCACCUGAUGGUGGAGAACCUUUGUACACAUACACUGUAAUUACUGUGGAUGCUUCCCCGAAUCUGAAAUCCAUUCAUCAUAGGAUGCCUGCGAUCCUAGAUGGAGAGAAAGAAGUGAGAAUGUGGCUGGAUUUUGGGGAGGUCAAGUCACUCGACACCCUGAAACUGCUUCAGUCUAAAGACAUCCUGACGUAUCACCCUGUGUCCACUCAAGUCAAUAACUCACGAUGCGACUCCCCUGAAUGCCUGCAGCCAGUGGAUCUCAGCAUCCAAAAGAAACCCAAAUCCACUGCAAGCAGUAUGAUGAUGGCCAACUGGCUGUCAAGCAGUCCCCAAUUAAAGAAAGAGGACUCCUGCACCAACAAGAAGAAGGAAGGGCAAGACGGCAAGAUGGGCGCGAAGCGCAAAGCUACAGGACUUCAGCAGUGGCUUCAAGGAACAAAUAAGACUCCAAAAUCAGACUCAAGUGGCAGAGCGGGUCGUCCAAUGAUCAGAAGGUCAGCGGUUCGAAUCCCGCUCUGUCCCAGUUUGCUGUCGUAGUGUCCUUGGGCAAGACACCUUACCCACCUUGCCCCGUGUGAAUGUGUAUGAAUGUUGGUGGUGGUCGGAGGGGCCGUUAGGCGCG